AUGUUCAAUUCGAUACUGCUACAGACCCGUUCAGGCGGUCCCUAUGUCCCCCAAACAGCAAACAUGGGGGGCAUGCCCAGCGUGACCACCGACAUCCCCAUCUGCGCAGUCCUGAUCGCAUUCUACGUCGGGUUCGCCGCGACAAACAUGACCAUCUUCCAGAUCAACCGCCGUCGACGCCAUAAAUUCAUACUCUCUGGGCUUCUUUUCGGUUUUUGCAUGGCACGGACCAUAACGCUCGUGUUGCGCAUCGCCUUGGCCACCCGUCCACACAACGUGCGGCUCUCCAUCGCAGCGAAUAUUCUCGUCAACGCGGGCGUUCUCCUGGUGUACAUUAUCAAUCUGAUCCUCGCGCAGCGCAUACUACGCGCGCAGCAGCCUCGCGUUGGGUGGCAUCCGGUGACGCGCAUCGGGACCAUAACGCAGUAUGCGCUGAUCGCGGACGCGCUGGGCUUGGCCAUCACCGCGACGGUGGUGUCCGCGUAUACGCUUAAUGCCGACACCCAGAGGCAGUGGCGCGAUGUCCAGCUAGCGGCUAUGACAUACCUGUUGGUCUUCACGUGUCUGCCGCUCCUGCAUAUCCUUCUGGCUGUCAUCCUACCACCGUCGCGACAGGCGGAGUCGUUUGGACAAGGCGGGGUGCUCCCAAAGGUGGCCAUCGUGGCGGUCUCGUCGUGUCUAAGCGUCCUCAUCGCGGGAUUCAAGGUCGGCGUGAGCUGGAGUCCACCCCGUCCGAAGAUCGACCCUGCCUGGUACCACUCCAAGGCGUCUUUUUAUGUUUUCUCGUUUGUGCUCGAGAUCUUGAUACUUUGCGUCCUGACCCUUUCGAGAAUCGACAAGCGGUUUCACAUCCCGAAUGGGUCGACAAGGCCUGGUGAUUACAGCGGGGAGAGAAAGGUUUCCGACAAGGAUCAUCCUACCGUGGCUUAUAGCAUGGUUUAUACCGCCACGCAACUGAUUGACGUCGCGUGCUAG